AUGACCCGGUUCGGGGGUAUGCUGCAGCUGGAGGAUCUUCGGCGUCACGGAGAGUCGGAUGGGCACAUUCGGAGCUUGGAGAAGCUGGGACAGCCAGCUGCAUCGCCCGGGGGGAGCGAGGAGGACAAGGCAGUGCCGACACCAGCGCAAGUGCGCCUGGCGCUUGAAGUCCUGCGGAUGCCUAGCAGCGCGCAGGGUAGGUCCUACGAAGCUCGGUGCGAACUGGCGGGGCGAGCCGAUUGCAGGAACUUUCCUGCGGGUCGCUCCUGCGCGACCGAGCACGCGCGAAUCAUCAGGACAGUUGCAGAGGUGUACACUGUGGAUGGCGAAAAAGCUGAGGGACUGGCUGGGCGCUUUGCUGCCGCCACAGGCUCAGAUGGAAGCGGUUCACCGCCAGCAGCGUGUACCAGCCUCGCAGCCAAGGUACUGACGCCCAGCAACAUUCGGCUGCUUGCACUGACGACGGAGUGGCUCAGCUUGGUGUCUCCAUUCGUUCAUGAGUACGACAGGGGCGCCGCAAAGUCAGAGUCCGCGCCGACCUCUUCCACAGCUCGCAUAUCCAACUGCUCCAGGUUGUGCGAGAAUCUGAAGCAGGACGCUGUAGACUCACUUGUGCGGAUGCUGCGUUCCAAUGAAUUACUGCUUGGGUUCACACAGGAUCUCAAUCGCACCUUUGCCUUCAAGUCCUUGGACGGCUCCACCGCCCAACGGCCUCUGGUUCUCAAUAGCAAUUACACGUCCGGGUACCUUCAGAUAGCCGAGCAGCAGAUGAAAGCUUUGAGCAGCAGCUCGGACAUUGCCGUGUACCAGGAUGGUCGCCUAUUGUUUCACUACGAAGGCGUGCCCGACGAAGAGUAUGCUGCUCUGCUGGCGCCCGAAUUGGGGUCCAUCAAGAACGUGUCGGACUUGUUUCUCGAGUCCGUGGAGACUUGGCAUCAAGCUGGUGUUGGGUCUGCUCUGAGCCCCUUCGACGUGGUCUGGUGGACGGCCAACAGAUCAGACUCCACCCUGCCCGAGGUGUUGGAUCCUUUGGCCAAGCUGCUGCAGCUGGACACACACGUGCUGCGCGAAGAGUACCUCGUCGCACGACCCACGGCGGUCUUUCUUGCCAGGUCUGAGAGAGCCUACUGGCCCACGACUAUGCAGCGCUUUGAUCGGUUGAAAUCACUGAAAGUUCGCUUCAUGCUAGCAAUCUUCGAUGCCACUUCGGAGAUCGAGACCAGCUUUAGCACACUGCGGCUGUUUUCAGGCUCCAUCAAGGCCAGUAUGUCAGAGGAAAACAGGAAUUGCUAUCUGAAAGUCUUCUGCGACUGCCCGGACCUGGACAAGGUGGUUUUUUUCUCAAAGGGCAAUUACCAGCCAUCCAGUCUUGGUUUCAAAAUCCUGGACAAGUACCGGAAGCUUUAUGGUGGGCAAGGUCGGAACACGAGACGGGACCGACUUCCACGAAAGUCCUUCUGCUCGAGGCUGAAAUCCAAGGGCUUGGCGUCUUUCCAGAGACAGCGGGACGCACAGCGGCGUUCGCUGCAGCAGCCAGAUGCCGAGGAAGGUCUGGAAGACCUUCAGCAAGUCGUUGACUCCGCAGCAAGACGGCGUGCCUCUCCUAAGCAAGAGAAGCUGCGGGCAAUACUUCAGGCAAAAGCUGCGGAGCUCAAACAGGACUUCGUUCAUGGUCCCGGUCAUGGCAUUGCCGCCAAGUUGUCAGAGCAUGAAAGGAACGUGCUAAAGGACAAAGAGAAGCUCCAGAGGAUAGAGAUGAGACAAUUGCACGAGCAGUUGGAAGAACUAGCCCCGGGACCCUGCACAUUCGUCAUCCUCGGUUCCUGUGUCCAUUUGAAGACGCGUGCGAAGAAGCAGCUGGCCCGGGUAUCUUCGUUUGCAGGUUCUGUGUUCUACAGUGCCUCGGAGUUCUUGAAUGGCGUAAGCCAGGAGGUUGCCAUGGACUGCAAGCGGCUCGUGUGGGUGUGCGUGGAGCCGGAAACCUUCCAAAAGGUUUUGGGGCCCCAGAAUGGCGUCGAGAUUCCUGCGGCCGACGCCCAGGGAGAGUGUUGGAAGGAGGUUUCAAUCAUCCUGGCGACUCGCGUGCUUGGCGGGUAUGUCGCCAGUGGGCAAUGGCCGAGUCUACUUGCCAACCGACAGGACGCCUCUGUCCCCUCCCCGAUCAUCAGGCUUGGGGCAGCAUACGCCCAGCCGCACAACAUUUACAUGUCCAAGCUGCCGGAAAAGCUGAAAGGAUGUCUGAACCACCUCGAUGCCAUCCUGCGAGGUGGCCCCGAACAAGGGCAUGUGCGCUGGGUUCUGCGAGGCAGCAAGAAAGAGCCGCGCAAAACAGCCCUCAUUCCGGUUUGGAAGGAUGCGGCAUCGAAGCAGAAGAGGUUCACUGUUGGUUUGCUCCUAGAGGUUUGGGUCCUGGCGAUGUCAAGGCGCAGGUCCGGCGCCAAGAAGCCCGAGGCCGACGCGGCGGGGGCCAUGCCGGCUCCUGCUGAGCCUGAUGCUUGGCGGGAGUUGCGGCAGUGCGUGGAUCGCUUGAAGCAAUCCAAGAUGUGGGUCGAGAGCGGCGCCGAGCCACUCCCGGUGAGCGGCGUGACAGCGCUGGCCGCUGACUGGCGUGGCAGUGACAUUCCACAGGAUGCUUUGUGCAGCAGCUCGGACAUUGCCGUGUACCAGGAUGGUCGCCUAUUGUUUCACUACGAAGGCGUGCCCGACGAAGAGUAUGCUGCUCUGCUGGCGCCCGAAUUGGGGUCCAUCAAGAACGUGUCGGACUUGUUUCUCGAGUCCGUGGAGACUUGGCAUCAAGCUGGUGUUGGGUCUGCUCUGAGCCCCUUCGACGUGGUCUGGUGGACGGCCAACAGAUCAGACUCCACCCUGUUCCUCGUCAGUCGGCAAUGGCAAACUUGCUCUCAUUCCCUGGCCGGUGGCGCCUUGCGCGAGCCUGCACGCACUAAGGCCCGAGGUGUUGGAUCCUUUGGCCAAGCUGCUGCAGCUGGACACACACGUGCUGCGCUGCUGCGCGAAGAGUACCUCGUCGCACGACCCACGGCGGUCUUUCUUGCCAGGUCUGAGAGAGCCUACUGGCCCAUGACUAUGCAGCGCUUUGAUCGGUUGAAAUCACUGAAAGUUCGCUUCAUGCUAGCAAUCUUCGAUGCCACUUCGGAGAUCGAGACCAGCUUUAGCACACUGCGGCUGUUUUCAGGCUCCAUCAAGGCCAGUAUGUCAGAGGAAAACAGGAAUUGCUAUCUGAAAGUCUUCUGCGACUGCCCGGACCUGGACAAGGUGGUUUUUUUCUCAAAGGGCAAUUACCAGCCAUCCAGUCUUGGUUUCAAAAUCCUGGACAAGUACCGGAAGCUUUAUGGUGGGCAAGGUCGGAACACGAGACGGGACCGACUUCCACGAAAGUCCUUCUGCUCGAGGCUGAAAUCCAAGGGCUUGGCGUCUUUCCAGAGACAGCGGGACGCACAGCGGCGUUCGCUGCAGCAGCCAGAUGCCGAGGAAGGUCUGGAAGACCUUCAGCAAGUCGUUGACUCCGCAGCAAGACGGCGUGCCUCUCCUAAGCAAGAGAAGCUGCGGGCAAUACUUCAGGCAAAAGCUGCGGAGCUCAAACAGGACUUCGUUCAUGGUCCCGGUCAUGGCAUUGCCGCCAAGUUGUCAGAGCAUGAAAGGAACGUGCUAAAGGACAAAGAGAAGCUCCAGAGGAUAGAGAUGAGACAAUUGCACGAGCAGUUGGAAGAACUAGCCCCGGGACCCUGCACAUUCGUCAUCCUCGGUUCCUGUGUCCAUUUGAAGACGCGUGCGAAGAAGCAGCUGGCCCGGGUAUCUUCGUUUGCAGGUUCUGUGUUCUACAGUGCCUCGGAGUUCUUGAAUGGCGUAAGCCAGGAGGUUGCCAUGGACUGCAAGCGGCUCGUGUGGGUGUGCGUGGAGGUUUCAAUCAUCCUGGCGACUCGCGUGCUUGGCGGGUAUGUCGCCAGUGGGCAAUGGCCGAGUCUACUUGCCAACCGACAGGACGCCUCUGUCCCCUCCCCGAUCAUCAGGCUUGGGGCAGCAUACGCCCAGCCGCACAACAUUUACAUGUCCAAGCUGCCGGAAAAGCUGAAAGGAUGUCUGAACCACCUCGAUGCCAUCCUGCGAGGUGGCCCCGAACAAGGGCAUGUGCGCUGGGUUCUGCGAGGCAGCAAGAAAGAGCCGCGCAAAACAGCCCUCAUUCCGGUUUGGAAGGAUGCGGCAUCGAAGCAGAAGAGGUUCACUGUUGGUUUGCUCCUAGAGGUUUGGGUCCUGGCGAUGUCAAGGCGCAGGUCCGGCGCCAAGAAGCCCGAGGCCGACGCGGCGGGGGCCAUGCCGGCUCCUGCUGAGCCUGAUGCUUGGCGGGAGUUGCGGCAGUGCGUGGAUCGCUUGAAGCAAUCCAAGAUGUGGGUCGAGAGCGGCGCCGAGCCACUCCCGGUGAGCGGCGUGACAGCGCUGGCCGCUGACUGGCGUGGCAGUGACAUUCCACAGGAUGCUUUGAAUCCGCAGGGCUGCGGCGUGCUCGGAGAUUUGCAGUGGUCGUGCCCCGGUCCAGCCGGCGCCGGGGUGGGCCUGCGUGACAUCUCGGCCAGCCGUGAGUUUUGGUACAAGGGCGACAACCCGCCCGAGCUGCCGGAAACGAUGGUGCUGUUCACAGAUGACAGUGCAAGGCUCGGGUUUAACGUUUCAGGGCUUGAGUUCCAGCCCUGCACACCUAAUAACGUUUCAGGGCUUGGGUUCCAGCCCUGCACACCUAACCAUUGCAGGGGGGACUUGACACCCGUGUCGCGGGUAGUCCAACUUGCUGCCUUCAUCUUUGAGUGGGAUGCGGCAGUGGCAGCCGGCGAGGAGCGAGCCAAGCUGUUCGCUGCGCGUGCAGCCGCUGCUGGGAGAAAGGGUUUAGGCCUACUGCACGAGGGUUGUUUUUAA